AUGACGCGCGAGCGGGAGCAGGAGCAGAAGCUGUACCAGAUCGCGGGGAUCGUCCUCUCCGUCGCGUUUGUCUCCGCGAUCGCAACCUCGCUGGGGUCGGGAGCGGUGUACGCGCAGGGGCUGUCUGGGCUCACAAACGUUGGCUACAGCGUCCCCGCGUCGCUCUGCGUUCGUCCUCACGGCGGCGGCGGGGCCCUCGGCUGGGAUUUGCCUUCCCAAAGUUCCCACUCCAUUACAGCAGCCGCUAACGAUGAGUGUUUAGCUUAGGUACAUUGGCUGCGGCCUGGGACUGUUGCUGAUCUUGUUGGUGCAUAUUCGCCUAUCAGGCGUGGGCGAGGGUGAGGGGGCCUGCGGUGGGACACGCUUCCGUGAGGAUUGUCUCCUAGAUCCGCAGCCUCUUGGUUAGUGUCGUCUG